GUCCGGUCAACGAAAGCUAGGACGUUGUACUCUUAUUUAUGCGUACAUUGGGGUAUUAAAUGUUUGAAUAUAUGAUUUCACAUUAAGUCAUUAUGUCGCGUUUCUUCGCCAACAUUAUCUUCACCAUACUCGGUUCCUGUCUCAACCAUUAGCAUAGUUACGAUAAACUAUCAGGUUGCCCUCCUGCACGACAAUGGAGACAGCCGGAUGUUCUGUAUCAAGCAACCACACUUUAAACUCCUCAGGUAAUGGCUGUCAAUGGGAGGUCAGUGACAACAUCAAACUGUGUCGCUUCCUCUGCUAUGGCUCGGAGGGAGACAAAUACACUGCAAGAGAGGAGACCCAUCCCAGCAUGGACAGAGUGGGAUCCCUGCUUACCCUGCUUCAGGAAGGCCAAGGUGUUGAAGUCGUGGAAGAAAUAAAAAGAUUUUCUCAAAAUGGGCAAGCAGUGAGACUUGACCCUUGCAUUUUUGCCUUGGCUUUGUGUUCGCAACACUCUGAGGUGAAGACCAGACAGGCGGCUUUCAAGGCGCUGAAGGAAGUUUGCCAGGAACCUGCCCAUCUUUUUUCUUUUAUUCAAUAUAAGAAACAAUUAAAAGAGGACAUGAAGUGUGGAAUUUGGGGACGUGCCCUAAGGAAAGCUGUGUCUGACUGGUACAACGGGCAGGAUGCUAUGAGUCUUGCUGCGGGUGUGACCAGAUGUAAACAGAGAGAGGGGUGGUCACACCAGGAUUUACUCAGGCUCUCUCACACCAAACCAGCACAUGAAGCUAUUGCCUUGAUCAGCAAAUAUGUAACAAAGGGAUGGAAAGAGACCCAAGUGGCGUACACUGAUACGGACAACUCAGACGAGGUUGUCAAAGUGCUUUCAUAUCUUGAAGUGGUCGAGAAGGUCAAGCACAGUUGUGACGAAACAGAAGUCAUCAAUUUGAUUGAGGAGCACAAAUUGGAGAGGGAGCAGCUUCUUACAGAUCACCUGAAGUCCAAAUCAGUUUGGCGGGCGUUGUUAAAGGAAAUGCCUCUCCAAUCUGUACUAAGGAUGCUGGGAAAGAUGACGGCCAAAAAGGUGCUUCAGCCUGACAGCAUGGAAACACGAGCACUGUGUGAGAGAAUCCAGAGUGAAGCAGCGCUAAAGAAGGCUGUUGUACACCCUUUCAGCAUCCAACUGGCUUGUGAAAACUACAAAAGAGGCCAGGGCUAUCAGGGUAAAACAAAAUGGGCAGCUGAUAGCAGUAUCCUCAAAGCCCUGGACUCCGCCUUUUAUAAGAGUUUUAUGAAUGUGGAGCCAGCCGGUAAAAACUUUGUUGUGGCCGUUGAUGUGAGCACAUCAUUGACCAGUGUUGUCCCGGGGACGUCAAUCAGCACUGCAGUCGCUGCGGCAGUAAUUGCAAUGGUGUUUGUAAGAACAGAGGCUAACACGCAUGUGCUGGCCUACUCUGAAGGAGCUUUGAAGCUGUGCUCUGUAUCUGCUGACAUGACUCUGGCGCAAACUACUGAUGAACUAGUAAAGAUUCCUGGAGGGAGCACUGAUUGCACUCUUCCCAUCACAUGGGCCACAAAGAAGGGCAAAGCUGUGGAUGUGUUCAUCAUUCUCACCAACAACCCAGUGUGGACUUUCACUGCCAGCCCAGUGGAGACUCUGAAGAAGCACAGACAAAAAACGGGAUGCCAUUCCAAGUUGGUGAUGUGUGGGAUGACAUCAGUCGGACACACCAUUGCAGACACAGAGGACCGAGGCCUACUGAGUAUUAGCGGCUUUGAUCUUGGUGCCUUUAGCGUCAUUCGUAACGUAGCACAGGAUCUAAUGUGAAAAGUGUUUAAUGAAGGAACACAGCUGAACGAUUCGGCUCAGAAUAGAAUAUAGAGACAAAGUGUCCAAAGUGGACAACACUCUCAAAAUAUAAUAUGCAUAUGUUUUCUUGCUUGGAAAAAGCAUAUAACAUAUGAUUGCAUAUAGUGCUGCUAAAACUUGAGCUCAAUCAGCAACACUUUUUCAUUUGCUGUUGAAAUGCUGAGACACUUGAGGACCAUCAACAUGAAGACAGAUGGCGUCAUGGUCGUACACUGCUACUGAAUGUAGCAUCAUGUAAAGUUUAGUGGCUUUUGAUUGGCUGUAGUGAUGUGCUUUAUGCAGAGGCUUAACAGCAGAUGUAGCCUAUUUUUAUUGGAAAGGUAUUUACAGAGUUAGAGUGAUGACUUAGCAAGACGGGUGUGAAGGUAUUUUCCAAGGGUAUUCCAUUUCCAGGAAAAGCAACAAUUUUUACAUGUUAAAUUCUCAGAUUUGUGUUCUGAAAUGUUUUGAGUACAUUGCUGUUUACAGUUACAUUUAUUCACAGGAGUAGUGUAUCAAUAGUGGUAUAUUUUUUCAUACCACAAUGUCAAAUUAAUUUUAAGACAAGUUGAAAAAAUGCAAGGAUUUACAUUUUGCACAGUUGAAUUUUAGGGAGGUUGUAAGUAGCGCUUCGGAAAAGGAAUGGGAGUAAGCAGCUGAUGUUCAUCAGCUGAUUCAAAGUUUAAGACCGCUCAGACUUAAAAGCAAAACAUUGUUGCCAUGUCCAAAUUUGGACAUUUUCUGGUAGGUGGUCACACUGUCAUGAUCUCACGGUGGCAACACACUCUAGCUUUGAGCGUGUAAUCCUUGUUGUUACUGGUAUGGAGUGCAGUCCUAUAACCAUCAGAAGGCAUCUGCAAGAGAGGUUUUAAGAACAAAAAAACAUAUUCAAAUACCUCGGCUCCUUCAACAUUACAAAAUUGCCAGUUGUACCAAACAUGUGACAUUGAAAGGUGGAAGAAAGCUUCAUUAUCUGAUGAGAAAAGUUUUAACCUUGAUGGCCCUGAUGGUUUCCAGCUUUAAUGGCAUGACGAGAUCUCACAUGGGUAUAGCGGAGCUUCCAGUUGUUCAGGGGUGUCAAACGGCAGCUGGCUAUGUGGAGAUGUAGCUGAAGGGGCUUGUCUGUGGGCUAAUGACUGGGUUUUUCAACAGGACACUGCAUAACCUCAUUUUGACAGACAUCCUGCACAUCCUCUGUAAGAUCUAACAGUAUAAAAUGUAAAUUGCACAUUUUCAACACUUUUUAAAAUUUUGAUCAAGUCUACCUGUUCCCUUUAUGUUUAGGUAUAAAUGUUGGUGUCCUUUAAUGCAGUAGAUGCAUUUGGAUUUCUUUUUUAUUUUAGUAGUUGGAGGAAUUGGGUGUUCUCAGUAUUAUGUGCAUCACUUAAAAAAAUCCAAUAUUAUAUUUUUAACAAUGGGAAACCUCAUGGAGUGUUUUAUAAUGUAGCAUUUUAUGUAAGAAACAAAUAUUAAAAGAUAAAAAAAAAAUACUACCCAUGGAAAUUAAAUGAAACUGGAUGUAUUUGCUAAACUAAAAAAAUCACAGCACAAUGUUAUUGUAGUGCAAAAAAUGUUUUGUUCGGUCAGGUAAACAUACCAAUUGCCACAGUAACAAAUGACGUACUGUUGUUUUUCAUCUAAUACAGGUGCAAAUUGACAUUGAGUUAAAUGAUUUCAACAUGAUCUAGCCAAUAAACAAAGUGAUGCAAAAGAGAAUUGUGGGUUUUGGUUGUAAUGCAAUCUUUCAUGGUGAAGAUGUGAUACAACUUGUUGCGUGUUUUUUAAUACCUUGCAGCACAUUUUACUGUUACCAUCUGUAUGCUGCUAAGUAUUUGACUGUAGUGCCUGUAAGUG